AAGAAUAUAUCGGGCUUUGUUGAUUUAUUAAUCUCGUUAUAUUCCCCUUUUUUUUAUUACGUCUAUUACGCUAUGUGAAUUUUUCUAUAAAAUUAGAAUUAAAAAUUUAUUUAUACAUCACAUCCCCUCCUCAUAAAAUCAAUAAAUUUAAUCGACAAAGUGAUCAAAAUUUAUAAUUAACGCGUUCUCGCGUUUUACACUUUCGAAAAAGAACGAGUUAAUUCAAAAUUAUUCCUCGUUUCCUUGUUUGCUAACGCGUCAAAAAAAAAAAAAAGAAGAAGAGGAAACAUAACCUUCUACCGAUCACGUACAUCUAUCCCCAUAUUCAUUAUGCCAUCCUUCAAAGAAAAUUUCCAACUGGAUAUAUUCUAAUAACUAAUUAAAUAACAAGAAUUCUGUGAAAUCUCGUUCGUGAAUUCGUUCGCAACGACGAUGGAAGAAUAUACAGGUUUAAUCGGUUUACCAGUGACGGGCCAAUCUCCAAUUAAUCUAGACGACAGAUUGGUACGAGAGCGAAAAUAUCCUCCACUUGUUUUGAACGGCCACUGGUUGAACGAAGGUGAAGCGAAGAUGAUAAACAACGGUCAAACUGCGAAAAUAACUUUAAGCGGGAACAGGAUUCCAUCCACGAUUUGCGGUGGGCCGUUGGUAGACGACGUGUACGAGUUCGAAAGCGCGCAUUUCCAUUGGGGCGAGGACAAUUGCAACGGUGCCGAGCAUACGAUAAACAAUACAUGGUAUUCGAUGGAAGGGCACGUGAUACAUUGGAACAGAAAGUAUCAUACAAUGGAAGAAUGUUUCAGGCACAAAGACGGUUUCUGCAUUUUGGCGUAUCUGUUUUUGGUGCAACCAGGUUGUUGUAAUUGCAUUAAUCCGCAAUUGGAGAGGAUAACGGAGAACUUGAAGGAUAUCCUGGACACGGAAAUGGAGACCAAGAUACCACCUAACAGUUUGUCUUGGAUGCGUUGGGCUACGUAUUGCAGCAGAUAUUACACAUAUUCAGGAUCGUUCAACGUCGCCGAUUAUCCAGAAUGCGCCACUUGGAUCGUGUUCCCGGUGGUUAUACCCGUGCGAGCCAGCGAAAUACAAGAAUUUCGAAAACUGAGGGACAAAGAUGGGAAAUGUAUAAAGUCAAAUUGUCGAGAGAUACAGUUACUAAAGUGUAGACAAAUAUAUUUAGCUGUGCCGAGUUAAUAUAUAUAACAAGCAACAUCACACGA